AUGCGUCGAUAUAAAGUGAGUAGUCUUAUUACAAAAAUGCAGUUUUCAUCAGAUUUUUCGCAAACAAUUUUCGCCCAUCAAAACGCAGCGAAUUAGCAUAUCGAUUAGUUGGCCGCUGUGACCAUCUGUCAGAUGAGAACAACAAAAAAAAACAAUUUGUCACUCUUCCCGCGUCCACUUCUACCCGUCCUUUAUCAUUCAUUCUUUGGGAAAACGGAACAAGUUCUCUUCUUUUCUCGCCCUUUUCGUGCAAUAUCGCGUCGCCGUGUUGGCACUAAAGUGACACGGUUGACCUCGAUUUGUCUCCCUUUUCCUUCCUUCUGCAGUCUGGCCCUCCCCUAUUUACCCAAGCUUCGAACCGCUCGAUACUCUCCCUAUUCGCCGAUUUAUUGCAGAUCGAUUCAAUGAAAUAUGACCAGCGAGUGAAUGGGAACGGCGGAGGUAUUAUGAAACUGUCAAACUGACUUCCCUCUUAUAUUACGUCUUUCAGCUGCAACAUUCGGUAUGAUGAACGAUUGGACAAGAGCCUACGAGACGACUUCUCCGCCUUCGUCAAGAUAUGGAGAAGACGAUACUUCGUCGGUGACUCAAUCUAGGUACUUAAAAUAGUAGUUAGGAUCUUGCUCAGCUCCGUCUUGCUCAUUUUACCUUGAAAUCACCAGCUUUUCAGACCUCGUCGCAGUCGGUUGGACAAUGAUAUUGCUCCUCCCCGUUGCCCUGCGAUUGUUCAACCGAUCCGUCCGGCAUCCGGAAAGAGCAGCAAAGUAGGAAACGGAGGAAUCCACAACGGAGGAUCGAGAGGUCACAACUCCACUUUCAACGGAUAUGAACAUCACAACUACAAUCGGUUUGUUUUCAAAUCUAUUUUUGUUCAUAUGCUUUCUCUUCAGAAACUAUUACAACUCGUCGCGAGGCCCGAAUGAAACCUUUUCUGGAUUGUACCCUCCAUCUCGCCAAGUCUCCGGCUAUACAAGUGAUUUUAUGAACAGCCGGGGCGUUGUUGGAAUGCUUCCGAAUAAAAUGCGCGAGCCAAGACGCCCCAGGUCGACGGCAGCUGAAAAAUACACUAACAAUGUGUCUAACAAUGGUAGAAGCGGGUUCGGCGGCUACGAAAGCGGCGAGUUCUCGACCUCGGAAGAGGGAAGAAAUCAAAGACAGCGCGAUUCUGAAGAAAACUCGGAGGAUGAGGACGAAGUAGAGGAAGAGGACAUGAGAAAUUACUAUUUAGAGGCACGGAGAGCGCAAGGCUCAAGAAGUGUUACGAACAAUUUCUCGUCGAAUACGUUCAAUGGAGACGACGAUAAAUAUUACUACGGCGUAGUUCAUCUGAACGCGCAAAGAGUAGAUCACGUGCUCCGAACGAUGCCGCCUCCUGAAGAGUAUUUCAAUCUGAAGCCCAUCGAACGUGUUGGCUAUUUGUUCUACUGCGCUGUUUAUCAGAAACCCUAUCGCAACGUUUUGGAGUUUCACAAGAUUUUCAAUCGCGAGUAUUACAAGUUCGUUUGUGCUGGUGACUCCGAUGAUGCCGCACUUUUCAAGGUAAAUUAUCUAUGAGAACUGCUUAUUAAAAAUUAGUUUUGUAGAUCUGUAGAGGAAUCCAGGAUCGCUUCCAAGCGAAGCAGCUUGAGGAAUCGAGAAAAGCGUACGAGAAGGCACAACAGGCGGCCGCUGAAAAUGAGAAAUUAGACUACAACCAGUAAGCAUUAAAAUAUUUCUAAAACUCCAUAACUGAUAUUUCCAGGCAUCGUAUCGUCGACCAAGAAGAUCAAAUGACUAUCUCGAAGCCCGACGAAGUUCUCGGAAACGGACCUCUCCACUACCAUAAAUGCCUUCAAUUCGCUACGAUUGGCGUCGGAGGCAAACUGGUUAUUGUCCGUCCGGCGGGCACAGUCGAUCCAAUGUCUGGUAACGUGCUCAGUACUGCGAGCGUUCAUGUCGAUGACUUGAAAAGUCUACUGUAUUCUGAUGAUCAAUCGAGCAAAGUCAUCGAGUCGGUACAAAAUUUCAAAGGGCCUCUAAUCGCCGGACAAACGCCCACGCACUCCGUCCGUCUCUAUAUUCAACGUCAAAUCGAUGCACUUCGACGAAUUCGAGAUGACGGAAAAGUGAAGAAAAGCGAAGUAAUGGAUGCGCUUCUCAUCUGGCAACUUCUUGAAAUCAUGGUGCAGCAGCACGGAGUAAGAUAAUCGGAUCUUUUCUGGAUCAACAAUUUUGUUUCCAGAGAGUUACGGGACCGGAUGUGGCUACUUUGCUGACCAAUGCUUCCGAAGAACUUUUGGAAAAAACUGGAAUUGCAGAGAGCGCAGCCAGUGAACCGAUUCAUAAGGCAGAGGCCAAAGAACGAUUCAACAAGUUCUUACUUGGCGGUCAUAUUAAUGUUAGAAUGGAGUAUUCUAGAAUUCUAAAUGACUAUUAAUUUUUACAGGAAGCCGUGGAGAGUGCCAUUUCAGAUGGCCUCUACGCUGAUGCGAUGACUCUCAUUCGUCGUUUGCACCCGAAUGACGCCAAGAAGAUUGAAGAGAUCGAAACUCGCUUCAUGAAUCUGCGGUCUGUCGAUGAUCCGUUCGCAACUCUUGUCUCGGUGGCGAGUAAUCAGCCACCUCCGAUCCUGACCAAUACUGCAUUUGAUGACGACAACAACUGGAAACGACACGCUGCAAUCGUGCUCGCCAAUCUGAGCUCGCCGACAGCUAUGCACACGGUAUCCCACUACUUUCAUUAGAAAAAGAAACGUUUGCUUUUCAAGGUCUAUAACCUCGGUUUGCUUUUGGCAAAGAGAGAACGUCACUGUGCCGCCGACUUCUGCCUUCUCGUCACGUGCGUCUUGGCUGGUUACGAUCCGUUCUUCCCGUUGGGGCAUGCGGAAGGGGAAGAAAAGUCACGAAAACACAUUGGUCUCGUUCACAGCGGCACGCAUUUGUUGAAUCUCGUGGAUGGAUUGUCCGGAACUGCUGGGUUUGUGACUAUCUGAAUAUCAGAAUAUCUCUUUUUUCACAGAUUUUCGUUCACUGAUUUGCAUGCUACGGACAUCUUCGACUACGCUCUCCGUCUUGGAAACAAUAACGCCCAUACGCCACUGGCGAAAUCAGUGGAUUAUCAAUGUGCUAGAAUUGAGUACGCCAAAAAGCUGUCGUCGUACGGAGGCUUUGCCACUGACUCGUUCAGGUGAAUAGAAUCAUCUUAUUUCACUCCCUCACUAAUUUUUUUCAGAUACUGCACCGAGGUGGCGAGCUCUCUGUGGAUGUACAUUUCCGAAUUCGAUAAAAACACUCUGCUCAAUCUUUGUGAUCUGGCUGACAGUCUGCAGUACGUUGCUGCUACGACAUCAGCCGAAAUCGAAUGGAUUGGAACGCUGAGAAUGAUGGUAGAGGGCGGUGUUCCACCGGCGCCUGCUCAAGUAGCAGAACAAGUGCCUGUCGAGCAGCAUUCUCUCACGUCGGAAGCACGAGAGUGGCACAACGAGCACCAGGCCCCAAUUGAGAUAGCCAAGAAGAUAGUGCAACAGCAGCAGAUAGAACACUUGCCCGUUGCUCAAUCACAUCUGGCCCCACAAGCCUAUCAGCAACCGCAACAGCUCCCUUCCAUUUCUCCACCGCAACCUGCUGCUGCUCCGGUUCCUCCAGAUCAACCAUCUGAAUCGUCCGAGUCGUAUGAGACUACUGUUGGGUCGACUGAAACUGAUCGUUCAACAUCUGUAGCCGCUUCAACUUCUAGAGCAUCCACUGUUCCGGAGCCUUCCCGACCACCACCGAAAAAGACAGAACAGCAGCCGGGGUUCACAGCACCGCCGCUAGCAGUCUACCGGUCCGUUUCAGAGACGAAAGCGCCGUCUGAUUUCUACAAUCCAAUUUCGACUCCUACUCCAGAACCAUAUCUUCCAACUCCUUCCGCACCAACACAAAGUCAACCGAUUCCAAUUGCGAAUGAAAUGGCCGCAGACGUGGCAAAGAGUCCGCGAUCGGAGCUUGAUGAUAUCUGGGGCUCCGGUUCACCUGCCGCUCCACCAGCACCCAUGAUGCAUAAUACCAUGCCUACAAUGCCUCCAAUGCCGGCAGCACCUCUACCAUCGGCUCCAGUUCUACAGCAUCCGUCUUUGACGAAUAAGCCUUCUAUUCCAAAUACCAGGACGGUGAGCUUGAUUUCUCAAUUAAUUUCAAACAAAAGAGAAUUGCAGGCGCCGCCACCUGCAUCUGAAAAGCAAGCAGCUCCUUUGCAGAACGAGCAACGCAAAACGUCGAAAGGAUGGUUUGGAGCAAUUACAGAGAAAGUGAUGAAGUCGAUUCCGUCGUCUAACCAAAUGAUACUUCCGGAUGACAAAAAGCCUUCGGUCGGUUUUACGAAGCUUUCGUUUGUGAUUUAACUAUUAUGUUUUCAGAUUAUUUGGGACGACAAACUGAAGAAGUACGUUGGAACUGGAGUGGAGGAAGAAGUGGUUGCUCCUCCGCCACCAGUUAUGUCCGUUCCUCACUUGAUGGGCGGAGGUCCCGAUUCAAACAAGUCGAGCACUAACAGUCUGAGGAAUGCGAGAAGUGGUGUCGGGUCUCGGUACCUCCAGUCGGGCAUGACCACAAGCCAAGUUCCAGCAAUGGAUACUGGAAUGCCUUCCAUGAUGCCUCCGACUAUGAUGCCUCUGCCGACUUCAUUUGGAUUCAUACCGACUGAUACUGAUGGUAAUAAUUGCAUUUGAGUUUACAGCAACUCAACACAUUCCUACUUCCAGAUUCUUCUGAGUUUGUUGACCCAUUCAGCCGUGAAGCAAACCCCUCGAUUUCUUCUGAAACAGGCACCGAAGAUGCCCAAUAA